AUGUUGUGUUUGGUACGGAGCCCAGCUGAGUCAAGUUUCUUCUCAGCUUCCGGAGUUCAGCCUAGUGUCAACAUUCAAACACCUCUCUUGUAAGUCAUUUUUGAUGUUAAAUUUAUGUCACUUUUCAAUUUCACCCUUUGUCACAACAUGUUUGUCACAGUGUUAAUCAUCUCCGCUUUCCAUCGGCUUUUUACCAACUACCUUUACUUUUUUUGUGAUGAGAGUGAAACUCGGCUAAAAAAACCGAUCCGGUCACUAAUCUGGGUUAUGAUGCGCGACUGAUAAGAAACGCCGCGAAGGAUUCAUAGGCGGCGGUGGGAGGGCGACGUCGCCAUAUAAAUUGGCUGGAUCAGUUCGGUGGUGGAUCAAAGUUUUUUUAGUAGGUUAGUUGAUAAUUUAUGAUCGAUUAUUAGAGCUUUGAAGACGUAUUUUAGCUAAAAAAAAGUUUUAACGACAUUAAGUUAAUAUGUCUCAAAAUCAAAAAUUAAUUUUUUUUGUGAAAAAGUCCGUUGUUUAAAAAUUUUGAUUUUUUUCGUGUUUUUGACUAAAUUUAAAGCAAAAAUAAAGUUUAAUGCUUUUAGGUUGUAGCCAUGCGUUCAAUUAUUAUCAUCGCUGCUCUGGUUGCCGUUACCUGUGCCUUGGAUGCCAACGGAAAGCUGAAGAAGUGCUGUGCCAAGCUGAAGGAUGAUGAUCAGGAGUGUGUUAACCGUUUCUGUGACUUCGAAGCCAUCUCUCAAACUAAUGUACGUUUUAAAAAAUUAUUUUUAUUAUGCUCAGAGUGAUGAUAUUAAAGAGUUAGAAAAGUCCUGUCGUCAAGUUACAUUGGGUUGGAUAAGAAAAAACGACGACUUUUUUUUGACGUUAUGAUAACUUUUUUUUUUAAAGUUUGUGUAUGUAGAUUACUAAGAGUUCUAUGAUCUCUAAUUUAAAAAACUUAACAAUGAAGAAACGUUAUCAUUAAGCUCAUAAAUUGAUAUUGUUUUAGGUCUUGAACUACCUCUCCACCUGUACCGAGCGUGGCAAAACCGUCGGACACAUGUGGGACUGUGCCUCGUCGCGCAAAGAUCACACUGAAUGUUGUAAGGCCAAGGGAGUGAGUGGAAAGUGUUUGGAAUACUGUGCCGCUCACGAUGGUGUCCCAACCAACUACCUUGACUACCUGUUCUGCGUCGAAUCCUUCAACGAGAUCCGCGACUGCUUCAGAGACUACUUGGAAAAACACUAA